UCUGAAUUAUUGAAAAACAUUGGAAGAAAAUGCACUAUUAUGUUGUUCUUUCUGUUUCAGGAGCAUUUUACCUGCUCUUCUUUCUUUCUUCUCCGCUCCUUGUUAUCUCACAAAACAUGUCCGAAAUACAGCCGACUUAUCUCUCUGCAAGUUGCCGGGGAAGAUAUAAUCGUUCCAGCCAGUUCGAUUACAACCUUCAGCGCCUUCUCAUCCGCCAGCUUUAUGAUCAAGGAAGUAAUUAUGGUUUCUUUAGCGAUACAAAAGGGGAAAAUCAAGACAAGGUUUAUGGCCUUUUCCUCUGUAGAGGUGAUGUUCAACUCAAUAUCUGCCAAAGCUGCAUUGACGCAGCAACCGCUAAGAUCUUGGAGGAGUGCGCUAAUGACAAAGAAGCGAUCAUAUGGUAUGAUGAAUGCCUUUUGCGCUAUUCCUAUAGAUCUUUCUUCUCUAUCAUGGAGCUAUCACCUUCUAUUGGUAUGUAUAAUAUUAAAAAUGUAACGGAUCCUGAUAAAUUUGAAAAGAAUCUCGCCGAGACUUACAACAAUCUGAUUACGAAGCUUUCAAAUGCUUCUAACCGCAUGUAUGCAACUACAGAAGUUAAUGUUUCAAUUUCUAUGAAGCUGUAUGGACUUGCUCAAUGCACCCGUGAUUUGUCAGUUGCAGACUGUCAAUCUUGUCUACGUAGCUCAAUUGCUGUAAUCCCAUCUUUCGCAAUUGGAAAACAAGGUGCGAGAGUGUUAGGACCAAGCUGUAACAUCAGGUAUGAGAUAUAUCCAUUUUAUGGAAAACCUCGAGACGAAUCACCAAACAAUACGAUUAUCAAGAAUCCUGGAGUUGAACCAAAAGCACCCCAACCUUCAGUAAACAAAACCAGUGGCUCAAACGUAACAGACUUAGAAGGUGUCAAAAAAGGCGAAUCAAAGUGGGUUCCUAUUGUUGCAAGUUUAUCCACGAUUUUUGGCGUCACUCUGUUCUGUUCUGGAGGUAUUUUCCUUUGGAGAAGGAGAAAAUUUCAAGGUAUGAAAUUGGAUCUUACAUCCACUUCAUUUUUUCUUGAAGAGAAUAUAGAUCAUAACAGCCAAGAAGUUCAGUUACUUGAAUUAGGAGGAAGAUCUGGCGAUGACUACUCAAUUGAAAAUUUUCAAGGUGAGAGUGGGGUGAGAUCUCAGGAGUUUCCCUCGAUUCAGUUAGAUAUUUUACAAGCAGCGACAAAACAAUUUUGUGAUGAAAAUAAACUUGGAGAAGGUGGAUUUGGCCCUGUGUAUAAGGGCAAAUUGGCAGAUGGAAAAGAAAUUGCAGUUAAAAGGCUCGCUAGAACUUCUGGGCAAGGGUUACUUGAGUUCAAGAAUGAAGUGAUGUUAAUUGCCAGACUACAACAUAGAAAUCUUGUGAGACUCCUGGGCUGCUGCUUGGAGCAGAACGAAAAACUGCUUGUUUAUGAAUACAUGCCCAAUAAAAGCCUUGAUGUGUUCCUCUUUGAUUCAAGCAUUGGUUUGCAACUGGAUUGGCAGAAGCGUCUUGGCAUUAUUAAGGGCAUUGCCCGAGGCAUCCUGUAUUUACAUGAGGAUUCUCGUCUUAGAAUUAUUCAUAGAGAUCUUAAAGCUAGCAAUGUUUUGCUAGAUCACGAGAUGAACCCAAAGAUAUCAGAUUUUGGAAUGGCAAGAAUUUUUGGUGGAAAUCAAAAUGAAGCAAAUACAAAUAGAGUGGUUGGAACAUAUGGAUACAUGGCACCAGAGUAUGCUAUGGAAGGACUUUUUUCAGUCAAAUCCGAUGUUUUCAGUUUUGGAGUCCUUUUACUGGAGAUUAUAAGUGGCAAAAGGAACAAUGGCUUUCAUCUCUCGGAGCAUGGUGAAAGCCUCCUAACGUUUGCAUGGAAACUAUGGUCUAAGGGUCAAGGGAUGGAGCUAAUAGACCCGCUCCUUGUUCAGUCGUGUGUGGCCACUCAGGUUCUUAAAUGCAUCCAUAUUGGGCUGUUGUGCGUGCAAGAAGACCCAGCAGACAGACCUACCAUGUCAUCUGUGAUUGUCAUGUUGGCAAGCGAGACCAUAACACCUCCUAUACCAGCAGAACCUGCAUUUUCUGUUGGACGUGUUGUUGCAGAACCAAUUCAAUCAUCUUCAAAUAAUAAAUUCUGUUCUGUUAAUGAGGUUACAAUUUCAAAUAUCUCACCUCGGUGCACCAUGAAUGUGAAACCGGCACUUGACAUUUAUCUCCAACUCCCAUCCCAUCCAUCAAAGACACGUAAAUGUCUUUACAUCUUUCAAGAAACUCAUCUCUGUUACGGUCCGAGGAAAAAAGAAACAGAAAAAAUGUUUGUCUACAAGUCCUUCAGAACUCUGUUGUUCCUCUCCUUGCUUAGCUUUACCAUUGAAGCGCAACAAACUUACCUCUACCAUAGUUGUUCGAACACGACCACUUUUCCCACAAACGGUACUUACCAAGCCGAUCUCAAUCACCUGCUCUCCUCUCUAUCCUCCAACGCCACCCGUGACAAUCGAUUCUACAGCACAACCUCUGGCAGAAACUCUGACGUGGUCUACGGGCUGUUUCUCUGCAGGGGUGAUGUUUCAAAUAGUAGCUGCCAAGAAUGUGUCUCUACCGCCAUCAAUGACGUCACUCAACGUUGUCCUGUUGAAAAAAUUGCUGUGAUUUGGUAUGAUAAUUGCCUCUUACAUUACUCGAAUCGAUCUAUCUUUUCCAUUGCGACCGUUUUUCCUGCAUUCUAUAUGUGGAACACGGGAAAUGUCACGGACCAAGAGCGUUUUGACCAGAUACUGGCUGAUACGAUGAAUAAUGCGGCAACCCUGGCUGUAAAUGCUACGUUAGGUUUAAAAAACUUUGCGACAAGAGAGGCGAAUAUUUCAGGGUUUCAAACACUGUACAGCCUUGUGCAGUGUACUCCUGACCUGUCAAGCUCGGAUUGUAAUACGUGUCUGCGAGGAAAUAUAGCGGCUCUGCCCAAUUGUUGCAAUGGAAAGCAAGGGGGAAGAGUGCUGAAUCCUAGCUGCAACAUUAGAUAUGAACUUUACCAGUUCUAUAAUCAAACUGCAGUUGCAGUUCCGUCACCUCCGUCUGUGAUAAUACCUCCUUCUCCAGCAGCUCCAGGGAAAAGCCAAAAUUCGUGGCAAAUAAUUAUUGCCAUUAUUGCUCCAAUUUCUGCCUCUGUUUUGCUUUUCUUCGUGGGUUGUUGUCUAUUAAAAAGGAGAGCAAGGAAAUACAAAGCUAUAGAAGGAGAAAAUGCAGGAAAUGAUAUAACCACAAUAGAGUCACUGUAGUAUGAUUUUAGCAUGAUACAAGUUGCCACAAACAACUUCUCAGAUAGGAACAAGCUAGGAGAAGGUGGUUUUGGUGAAGUUUACAAGGGUACCCUUCCUAACGGACAAGAAAUAGCUGUUAAGAGGUUAUCGAGAAGUUCAGGGCAAGGGGUGGAGGAAUUUAAAAAUGAGGCUGUAUUGGUUGCCAAGCUUCAACACAGAAAUCUAGUGAGACUACUCGGAUUUUGCUUGGAAGGAGAAGAAAAGAUACUCUUGUAUGAAUUUGUGCCCAAUAAAAGUCUGGACUAUUUUCUUUUUGAUCCUGCAAAACAAGGACAAUUGGAUUGGUCAAGACGUUACAAGAUCAUAGGAGGGAUUGCUCGAGGAAUGCUUUAUCUGCAUGAGGAUUCUCGGCUUAGAAUCGUACACCGGGACCUCAAGGCCAGCAAUAUAUUAUUAGAUGGUGAAAUGAAUCCAAAAAUUUCAGAUUUUGGCAUGGCAAGGAUUUUUGGUGUUGAUCAAACUCAAGGAACCACCAGAAGAGUUGUUGGUACCUAUGGCUACAUGUCUCCCGAAUAUGCAAUGCAAGGGCAGUUUUCUGUGAAAUCAGAUGCAUAUAGUUUUGGUGUUUUAGUUCUCGAAAUUAUUAGUGGCCAAAGGAACACUAAUUUCUAUCAAACAGAUGGACCUCCUUAGCUACGUGAGUAUAAUUCAGCUUGGAAACAUUGGAAGGAUGGGACGCCAUUGGAAUUGUUGGAUCCUAUUCUGAGGGAUACUUACUCUAGAAAUGAAGUCAUUAGAUGCAUCCAAAUUGGGUUAUUAUGUGUUCAGGAAGAUCCAGUUGACAGGCCUACGAUGACUACUAUUGUUCUCAUGCUUAACAGUUACUCUGUCACACUACCAUUACCUAACCAACCGGCAUUUUUCCUUCACAGCAGAACAGAGGGAAGUAUGCCAAACAAGGAGAUGGAAUCUGAUCAAUCCACUAGUCGAUCAAUGCCAUGGUCUAUCAAUGAAGCAUCGAUUACUGAAUUAGACCCUCGGUAAAGUGAGUUAAUAGAUGCUUCCUUAGUAUAGAAAGCAAUCUGCCAAUGUUGAAUAAGUCCUUUUUCUGCCAUUGCUGUGAAUAUUUGGUAUGAUUCAGUAGUGGUACUUGUGUACUUGAUCCAGUCACUUUAUGUAUGAACUGGACAUACAAGAGUUAUUUACCCCCAAAAUCUUGAUAUUCUGUAGUAUUCUACAUGUUUUAUUAAAUCAACUAAGCUGCUCAUCGUUUGUCUCUUGCAGUUUUAUAUGCUAAUGAAGAAGCUAUAUUUAACCCGUAAAUGUGCUUAUUGUAGAAUUAUCUUGGCUUGAAC